AUUAACGCGGCGGGCGCGGUUCGCGCGGACAGAUCGGUUCCUGAGGCGCGAGCGCGUCUCCCGGCACGGCAGGAGGUCCUGACGCAGCGCAUAUCUCGACCCUUAACACCCUGCGCAGCGGCGCGCCGCGAUACGACUGCUAAGAUCAAAGCAGCUUUGACCAGCAGCACAGAGCACAAAUAAAACAGCGGCGGGGAGCGAAAAAAUGGCCGACUGGCAGUGCUUCUGCACGACCGUGAACAAAGCCGACGCCAGGGAGUGCUGGGUGUGCGGACUCCGGCGACCCGAUAUCCCGCGAGCGGAGGCACCGCCGGCGCCGGCGCCCGCGCCCGCGAGACCGCGCUACCCGUCGCCGCCGCCGCUGCCUUCGGCGCCCGCGCAAGCAUCAGUGCCGCGCGCGCCGUCGCCGCGGCCGUCGGCGCCGCCGCCGCGCGCCCCAUCGCCGCGGCCGCCGGCACCGUCGGCGCCGCCGCCGCGCGUGACGCAGACGCAGCCGAAGAAGAAAAUCGUCGACCUCACGGGCUCGGACGACGAGUCGCCGCCCAAGAAGCCGCGCAUGGAAGAAGCGUCGAGAAGUGGUCACGACGACCGGCCCAUGUAUCGGGAGGCGGGCGUGCCCAAGGCACGAGCAGAAGAGCUCAAACGACGACGCGACAACGAGAAUGACCGACCUUUACAUCGAAAUGUCUGUAGGGAGAAGGUCCAAGAUCUAGAACAGUUGAGAGAACGACAACGAGCGAAGUACGACCACCCCCAGCACAUCCCGGCCGACCCGAGAUGCUGGAAGGACGAUGUGGACAAGGCCUCGCACAGGAUACCACCAAGGAAGGUCUUCGACGGGACCAAAUACUUCAUGAAUACCCUAGAUGAAGCCAUCACCGGUCCCUUGGCCAAAAGCGACCGAGAGACCCUAUCUCCAGUAGACAUUUUGUGGCACACGCCUUUUAUACAAAAAGCUUUAAUGACGUCCUACGGUGUGGACUACGAGUUCCUAGCUUACUUAUUCAGAGAUUCUAGACUCGUGGUGGAGCCGAACCUCAUGACCGUGGUCGACAACUACGACCACUCGAAGAACGCGCCGCAAGUCCGGCAAGGGACGAAGGAGAAACCGUUCCGCGUGGUGUGGCCGCCCUUUUAUGAUAAGCACGCGUCGUCGCAAGUGCGGGAACGAUUAAAACUAGCGACGAUGCAUCCCAAGUUCUGGCUAUUGGUGUUCGGCGACUUUUUGCGGGUCGUCGUGUCGUCGUCGAACCUGGGAGGUCCGUGACUCGGUGUCGUGAAACGUGACGCCGUCGCGGCGAUGGCGUCGCGGCGAUGGCGUCGACGUGGCCGCAUGAGAGUCCAUACGCCUCGCGAGAGAGCCGCGGCAGUUCGCGACGGCGUCCUUACACACAGGCUACGACAACAAGAUGAACAACCAGUUCUGGGUCUGCGACUUCCCUCGCAGAUCAACACCUAUGGUACAACAGGCGACGCCGGAGGCCGAAGUAGAUGAUAGAGAUGCCGCUGAUGCUUGUCUUAAAGAAAGGAUCGGGGCCGUGAAGGGCGACGCUCUCAUAAAAUUCGCGAAGGGCGACCGAAGUAGAGUCGACGUGCGCGGCUUAGAUUCAGAUUCAAGGAAGGCCGUGCACCGCUGGGCCGAGUGGCGCGGCGGGCUGGCGACGGAAUCUAGGGGAGAAGCUCAUGAAAGAACGUUAAGACUUACAAGAACAAAAGGAUCGAACCGCCACGCCAAGGUGACCUUCGCGUCGUCGUUACGGGGCUUUGUAACUGAGAUGCUCAAGGGCGACGACGCUGCUGCGACGUCCGUCCGCGAGGAGUGGGACGACAUCCUACAAAGGCACGACCUCGAUAGUAUAGCGGACGGCGUCGUGUUCAUCCCGUGCUCGUCAGCGUGAAAAUCGAGGUUCUACGCCAUCGACGCGUCUGCGCGAUGGCGUCGAGGGUGCCACACGCAGGUCGACGCCGGGCGUGCGACGAGGUUCAUUGGCGGACUGCUUCGGCCACCGCGCGAUCAAGCGCGCUUUACGGGAACGAGGCCUGAAGGUAGCCAGGGCGGAGUUCGCCAACUCGUCGCUGGGAAGACUCUUUGACGACCGCUUCCUGAAAUGUUUUAGGGAGUCGAUCUUUGGUUCUCCGAUUGAUGAUGGAAGGUUAAGCAUCGUGUGGCCUACCGCUGAUGUAGCCAUGAGAAUGAGUAGACGAUUAGCGGUCCGAGCCAUGACCGAGGACCAGGGCACAGCGCAGAUGACGGGGCCCCACCCCGACAUCUGGGCGAAAUUCAAGCCCCAACUCAAGGCUAGAUUUUGUCGCCACGAGCCGCCGCCGGAUCGACGAACGCUCCACCACUCGAAGAUCCUCUGCUUAUAUGAUGAGCAAGAUACGUUGAUUGGUGUGCUCGGAGGCUCACAUAAUUGUUCGGGCGCGGCCUGGGGCGUGUCCGAGCAGGACGCGUCGGUCGUCAUGUCCUUCGAGGCCGGCGUACUCAUCUUCUGCGACAAGGAUCAACAACGACGCGUUGCGUUGGAAGCGAUGCUGCCCUGGUCAAGACCCGUACAACCCUAUCAAGGAGACGACGUGCCCUGGCACGGCGACCACUUGCUGAACCGGUUGCACGCCAAAGGCGACGAGUAUGCGAGAGCCUGCGCCUUUUCCCGCGAAAGUGCGUCGCACCUCCCAGACUUACCUCUACUCAAAGGCGCGUUCCCGGCGCACGACAAGGUCCAAACUCUCAAAAUUGUUUCCCCAUGUGACGUCUACGCCGAGUCGCUUGAUGAACACACGCGCAAGGUCUGCGGCGAGGGCGCGAAGAAGGAAUUAAGGUUGCGAGGUGUCUUACAUGGCAACGUCUUUUCUAGGAGCAGAAGGCCGGUCAAAAGGUUGCAAGCGGGUAUGUUGGUAGCUGUCGACGGCGGGCAACACAAGAACUACGAGUACAAGCAUGCGGUACGGGGCACGGUGGCGAUUGAUGAGUACCGCUUAGUGGACGGGUCGGGCUACGUGGAUACUGGUGUAAGUGCACAGAAGGCGGUUGUGUUAGUAGCAGAAGGUGAGUACGAUGCGAAGCCUUGCCUAGGUGUGUUCGUCGAGAAGGACCAACCGGCACCAUCCGCUUUAGUAAAAUGUCUGGGCGAUGUCAAAGUCCAGUCGUUGCUACGAGACGAGUUCUUAGGAGUGUGGUGCGGCGUCGGCAACGCCCCUGGAAGGCUGGAGCACGCCGAGUGUGUUUGUCGGAAGAUCUUCGACGUCGAGCUUAAAAGUGGACAGGGGCCCUGUUUAGGUGCCGUCGUGAAGGGCGAGCGGGUCCUCGUGGCGGACCAAUCCGAGACAGCUUUGUUGCUGGAGUCUCCGUCAACGUUCCACGCGAUGUUAAGGGACGUCCUCGAAAAGACCGAGGAGGCCCUCUCUACCAGUGUGAAAGAUAGGGAAGAGAAACGUAUCAAAAUGGAGGAGCUGCCUUUGCAGAAAGCGCGAGAGGCGGCGAAAUUUGUGGCGGACAACUACGACCUACUGGUCAUCGAGCCCGAGGGCACUUUGAAGGCGCCCGGCCGCGUCAAGCUCUGGCGCGAGCCGCCGUCGGCGGCCGAGAAGGCGCGACUGGCGGACGACACUUCUAGACAGAUCGGGACGCGCGACGCGUUCUACGGGGACUUGGUGCCGUUUCUCGCGGCUCUGCGCGAGAACCAUAGCGUACCCAUCAGUUUCGCGACGGUCUUCGGCCAAAAGUGUACGGAUCCGGAGCCGCGGGGCCGCGCGAAGGAGGAUCGCGUGCGGAGUGCCUUGGAUGAUUUGGUGGCGCGCCUCCAAGCGGAAGCUCCGGGUUACCGUGAGGACGAUAUCGAUAUAUUGAUAGCGUGGCGCUGCUCGAAGGCUCAUUUGUCAAACUACUCGGCGGAGAAGGCCCAGGAGGCGCUGCGGGGUUUAGCUCUGCCGUCUGCGUCCGAAUCCGAGCGAGCGUUAAGUGGAGGCGUCCACGCUUUGGCGGUGAAGCUCGUCGAGGAGGGCCCGGCCGGGCCCGUGCGCCGCGCGGCGGAGUGGUCUCCAUUAUUUGCGGAGGACGGCCUGUACCUGCAGGCGGCCGUCGCGCGGCACCGGGAAGCUUUUGAAUUGAUCGGCGCGCCGCGGACGUUAGUGAUCGGCGCGGACCACGCGCACAAGCUCGCGGCGCGCCUCGCCGGCUUUGAUUAUAUCGAGGAGAAGUACCUGGCGUUCGGCGCUCUCGCGGCGCAGAAGGUCGUGAGGCCGGACGCGCCCGAGGAGCUCGAGGAGGUGGUGGACUUCGGAUAGUGUGUGAUAAGUGACUGU